UCUAGCACAACCUUAAAAAACCCAAAUAUGCCCCAAAUAAACAAUUUUCCUUGAGUCGAAUUUAAAGCUACUGGGCCUAAAUAUGUAUGAUCUAUUAUAUACUAUAUAAUAUAUUUUAUAUAUGAAUAUAUUUUCACUCCCAGCAGUAAAAGGGGUUCAGGAAUUUGUUUUGAGAUUUUAAAGACAUCUGGGCAUGUUUUCAACUCACUGAAAACAAGAAUCUGCUAAAAGAAGCAUUUUCCUGGACUCCUUUGAAAUAAAAGGUUCCGGGAUUAUCAUUGGGCAAAUAGAAUCUUAGUUUUGAAAUUGGCCAUUAAGAUUUAUUUCUAUCAGACAAGUAUCAAGUUGUGUGUUUUAUAUACUCAUCUGCUGCGUUCUCCUCAAAGAUACCUCAGUUUCUAUUACGGUUGUUGGAAGUCCAUGCUGUUUUUUAGAGAUGUAGGAGAAUGGUAAAUGUCAGUAGAAUUUCUUAAAUUUUCACUCUGGAUUAAUUAAACUUCUGGCUAACUAGCAAUAAAUUUUGUUACUUUGUAAAAAAUUAUAAACUUUAAGGUACUUUGAAUGCUUUGGAUAUACUUGUCAUCUCCAGUUAGCAGCAUUGUUUGGUGAUGCAAACCCUCAGAGGAGGGUUCUGCAGAACAAACAGCUGCUUGUAGUUCUCAGUUGUGACUUUAGCACCUCUAGUCUGAUGUGAAAUUUGUGCAGGUGGACUAACUGAGUCACAGGUCAUCCGACAGUUGUUUGCAUGAUAGUGUGUUAGUGUCUGGUACUAAAAUUUUCCAUUUCUCUCAUACUAAACUGUGCUACUGUUUUAGUAUUACUUUUUUUUACAUUGUUAUGACCUUAGUCUUCCCCCCCCCCCCUUUUUUAAUUUUUCCUUUCUAAACCAAUAAGCAAAUACAUAAAUGAUAUUCUUACACAAUUUCUGGAUCAUGAUGUAGGGCAUACAGCUAGUGAGGUAAGCCUUUAGCCAUUGCAUUAACAAAAAAAUUCCCAUUGGUGUUUUGUUGUCCAAACUAAAAUAUAUCUUCAGCAAAAAUAAUGAGGACCAAGCCAGAUUUUUACUUCAAUAAUGCUUUAUUAAUAUUUUUUCCUGAACUGUUUUACAACAAGCCACUAAAAAGCAGUUUCCUGCUGAGGAGCAGGAUCAAUAGUGACAGUGAUGAUGCAGCAAUUAUGGACAAAUAAAGACAGAUCUUGGAAGCAGUUGUUUCCCUUUUAUCUCCACAUGAAAGUUUUGGGUUUGUUUUUGGUUGGUUGGUUUUAAAAUCACUAUAAAAGAUUGGGCCAAAAGCCCCAUCCUGCUGCUGUGGCCUCUAUAUUGGUUAAGAAAGACAGCGUUUUUGCUUGCCUAACCAUUUUAAAGUCCACUAGCUUUGCUUUUAAAAGCAGAAUAAAUCCUCCCAGCUAGAGCGGUGCCCUGAUAGGUGACCCCGGUUAGGGUCAGAGCUUAUCCUGGCACCUUAAUUCCCUUAUUUCCAUCCCCUAAUAUGUGCGCUCCUAAAUAUUUGCAACGUGGUCCCUCAUUGUAACUCUGUACUCAUCCCACGCGUUUCGCUUCUACCACCUUGCCAGCAUUCACACCUUUCCUGCAGCAGAUUUUGCAGCUCCCCGGGUUUCCGCUUUCAUUUGCUAAGCCCAUUUUCUCCGGUACGUCGGUGCUCAGAACAGCGGACACAUUCCUGCUCCCGCUCUCUCCCAGCGGGCCCUUUCCAGCAGGGAUCCGCUCUCCCCGCCCGCUGCGCCUUUAAGGCGGGAGCGUGCGCGUCACGCGCGAGGGGAGUGUAAACAGGAAGCGGCCGCCCGGGAGCGGGGGCUCGGCAAUGGCCGCCGCCGCGAGCCGCGAGCCGCCGGUGCCGGCUGAGGACGAGGCGCCGGCAGCGGCGGGAGCAGCAGCGGCGGCAGCAGCAGGAGGAGGAGGAGGAGGAGGAGGAGGAGGAGGAGAAAGCGAGGGGCGAGCGAAGGGCGGCGCGGAGGGCGGCGGCUGCUACCUGGCGCUGUGCGCGCGGCCCGUGCACUUCGAGAAGGCGAACGCCGUGAACUGCGUGUUCUUCGACGAGGCCAACAAGCAGGUUUUUGCUGUUCGAUCUGGUGGAGCUACAGGAGUUGUUGUUAAAGGUUUGGAGGAUAGAAAUCCCAUUUCCUUCAGGAUGGAGGACAAAGGAGAAGUGAAGUGCAUUAAAUUUUCCUUGGGGAACAAAAUCCUGGCUGUGCAGAGAACUUUGAAGAGUGUGGAUUUUUUGAAUUUUAUUCCAGAUAGCCCUCAGCUAGAAUAUACACAGGAAUGUAAGACAAAGAAUGCCAAUAUUCUAGGAUUCUGCUGGACAAGUUCUACAGAAAUUGUCUUCAUCACAGAUCAAGGAAUUGAAUUCUACCAGGUAUUGCCAGAGAAACGAAGUUUAAAGCUUCUGAAGAAUCAGAGUAUUAAUGUUAAUUGGUACAUGUAUUGUCCAGAGAGCUCUGUUAUUCUUCUUUCAACCACUGUCCUUGGCAAUGUCCUGCAGCCUUUCUAUUUCAAGAGUGGGACCAUGUCAAAACUAUCAAAAUUUGAAAUUGAGUUACCUGCAGCACCCAAGUCAUCCAAGCUCAGCCUUUCUGAAAGAGAUAUUGCUAUGGCUACAAUAUAUGGGCAGCUUUAUGUUCUCUACUUGAGGCAUCACUCAAGGACUUCCAACAGUACAGGAGCAGAAGUAGUGCUUUAUCACUUACCCAGAGAGGGCUCCUGUAAGAAGACACAUAUUUUAAAGCUGAACAGAACUGGGAAGUUUGCACUGAAUGUAGUGGAUAACUUGGUGGUAGUACAUCAUCAGGAUACUGAGACUUCAGUUAUAUUUGACAUCAAGCUAAAAGGAGAAUUUGAUGGGUCUACAACCAUCCAUCAGUUUGUACUUCCACCUCGAUCAAUACAACCCUAUCAAAUACCUGCAGCAGGCCCAGCUUCUGUGACAAGUCAGGCUCCUGUUCCGUGUAAACUCUAUUCUUCUUCUUGGAUUGUCUUUCAACCUGAUAUUAUCAUCAGUGCAAGUGAAGGUUACCUCUGGAGUCUUCAGGUGAAACUUGAACCUGUAGUUAACCUCUUGCUAGAUAAAGGAAAACUAAUGGAUUUCCUUCUCCAAAGAAAAGAAUGCAAAAUGGUUAUCCUGUCUGUAUGCUCUCAAAUGCUCAGUGAGCCAGAAAGAGGAUCACUGUCUGUGAUUGCAACUGUUUUUGACAAACUGAAUCAUGAAUAUAAGAAGUACUUGGAAGCUGAGCAAAGCUAUACGAUGGUGGUAGAAACAGGCCUGAGUAGAAGUAAUCCACUCCUGAAACGCCCUGUCCGCACUCAAGCAGUUAUUGACCAGUCUGAUAUGUACACACAUGUUUUAUCAGUUUUUACAGAGAAGAAGGAAGCACCUCACAAAUUCACUAUAGCUGUUUUGAUGGAAUACAUUCGCUCUCUCAACCAGUUCCAGAUUGCAGUUCAGCACUACUUGUAUGAGCUGGUCAUUAAAACCCUUGUUCAACACAACUUGUUCUACAUGCUCCAUCAGUUUCUGCAGUACCAUGUGCUCAGUGAUUCAAAGCCCUUGGCUUGUCUCUUACUGUCCCUGGAAAGCAUUUACCCUCCUGCACAUCAGCUCUCACUGGACAUGUUAAAAAGACUUUCCACAGCAAAUGAUGAAAUAGUGGAAGUUCUGUUGUCCAAACAUCAAGUUUUGGCUGCCUUGAGAUUCAUCAGGGGUAUUGGAGGACAUGACAGCAUUUCAGCCCGCAAAUUCCUUGAUGCAGCGAAACAAGCAGAGGAUGAGAUGCUUUUCUACACCAUAUUCCGAUUCUUUGAACAAAGAAACCAGCGGUUACGAGGAAACCCCAGCUUCACACCAGGUGAGCACUGUGAAGAACAUGUCACCUUCUUCAAACAAGUUUUUGGAGAACAAGCUCUCAUGAAACCCACAACAUUCUGAAAGACUCUUCCACUGAAAUGUAUAAACUUAAUUUAUUGCAUUUAAGUAGAUUUUUGAACUACAAAAUUGCUAUUUUAUAAUAAAGUAUAUACAAGACAUUUUGGCAAAUAGUA